CACAAGUAAUAGCCUUUGCAACAGGACCAUAAAGAUGAGUAGCAGAGAUUUUUGUUCUUUCGUCACAAACCACUGCUCUGAAGACACAGAAAAGUUGCCUCAAAGAAUACAAGUGGGUCUGGGACACUCAAAAUGUAAAGUGGUCCAAUAUGAGCAACUACGGGACAUGCUAGAGGCCAAACGCCUUUCCUCUCAGCUCUCUCAACAGAAGGUGCAGAAGGUGUUGGAUGCAGCUCAGGUGAAUAAGGAAAGGAGUGUUCUGAGCCUGCAUAGACAAGUGUGGCUCCAGGAGCAUCACAGACUCAAUAGAGCCAGGCACAAGACUGAGAAGGACUUUCAACGUUUUCUUCAUGGAGGUGGAUUCAAAGAAGCAGACACAGAUAUCCUUUCUCAGUUACAGGAAUAUGAGUUGGACCUGGAACAGGAACGUGAGGAGUUUCGAUUAACCACAGUGGAACCUAUUUAUCAGCUAAGAUAUGAUCUGCAGUACAGACUCACAUCACAUUGCUCAACAGCCAAUCACAUUAGUGAGCUUGAGAAAGUCUUACAGCAGGUUCUGUCUGUCAGACAGCAGCAGGAGGAAGUCAUAGACCGAAUGCAGUGUGAAUGUGUGUCUCUACAGCAGGACAUCUGUGUUACUGAACUCAAGGAGAACCUACUGUCUGCUGCAAUGGAAGACCAGGUAGCAUAUUUGGAGAAGGUUCCAGAUGAGAUCUUUAUUGUAGACUGCCCAUAUCCUGAACUCCAAUCAGAUCUUAUCCACAGCUUUAAUUCUCUCACUGAGAAAUAUAAACUCAGAUUAGCGAUAGUGGAGACCAGACUGCAAGGCCUGGACAGGAAUUGUGGCUGGAAUGCAGCAGAUCAUGAGUGUUUCCAGCACAUAAUGAGUCAGUAUUCCCCAAGUCUGCGGAACCAGCGCUCACUUUACAUUGACAUGUUGCAGAGAAUGCUGCCACAUAUAUCCAAACAGGAACUGAGUGCACAUGAGCGUCAGAGCGACUGGUAUCAUUUCAGCAUCUCACAGAAGAAUCUGAUACUGCAGGGCUGGCAGCGGGAUCACUCAGAGCUUCUCCUGAGGGCUCUGAACAUGUUGGAGGACUGCAUAAUAUCUCACAUACAGCAGCAGGAAGUUCAGAAACAGCGCUCACACCAGCAGAACAUCUGUCUCAAGCUCAGAGCAAAGCUGCAGCGGUGGCGCAUUCAGCAGGAGGAGGCUGCGGAGUUGGAGGCUACUCUUGCUGCUAACUGGUACAAAGAGGAAGAGGAGAGACUGAGGAAAGAACAGCAAAGAGAAAAGACUAGAAGAACGCAACUGAAAAAGCAGAUAAAUAGGUUCAAUGCAGAUAAACAGAGGAAACAAGAGAUGCAGAGAAAGAAGGAUAUGGAGAGGCUAGCAGAACUGAGGAGAGAGCUAGAAGAACAGGUGCAGAGAGAUAAAGAAAGAGUGAAUUUCAGGAAAGAACAGUUUCAGCAGAAACUGCAGAUGCGUGAAGCUGAAGAAAAACAAAAACAGAAGUACGAUAAAGAGAGAGAGGAGAGAUUGCAGGCUUUACGGAACCAGGUCUCUAAAGUAGCUGAGGCCAACCCAGAGAGGAUGAUGGGAAACACAGUGGCGUGGAGAGUACGUCAACAGCCUGAAGAAGUGUUUACAUUACAAAGGCCACUGUACCAGCUAAAUACAUACACUGAUACACAGAUUGUGUCUGAUCCCAGAGUGCGUAUUGAACAAGUGCUCAGAACCGCAGGUCUCCAUAACACCCCUUAUGCAAGACAGAUUCUAUCUGAGAUCCAACCUCUGAAGCCACCCAGACGAGACAUGGAGUCCGCUGCCUUCAGAACCUGACCAAUAAUUAUAUGAAUGUAAUCAUCUUUUCAUAUAUAUGAGUCAUGCUUUGUCUACCUGAGGUCUACUGUCUACAUAUUUUUAACCAUAUUCCCUUGGACACUUUAUUCAAUAUUUGGAGGAUUGAUUGAUUGAUACGUCAAAGUCUUGAUCUCAGAAGAUUAAGGAAUAUUUCAUUCUUCAUGAUAUGACCAGCGUGCUUGAGGA